CUUUUCUUCCUUUAUUUUUAUUUUUAUUUUUUCAUAUAUCUGUAAAUAAUGCAAUAUAUUGGUGCAAUCGAUCAAGGCACAACCAGUACACGAUUUUUGAUCUUUGACCAGCAAGGGAAACUUGUCACGUCGCACCAAGUCGAAUUCGAACAAUCAUGCCAGAAACCAGGUUGGAUUGAACACGAUCCCUAUGAUCUUCUCGACUCUGCUAUAAAAUGUGCCGAUGAAGCAAUGCGCAAGUUUGAAUGGAUGGGAAAUGAUCCCCGAGAUGUCAAAGCUAUUGGUAUCGCAAAUCAAAGAGAAACUACCCUUGUGUGGGACAAUCGUACAGGAGAGCCUCUUCAUAACGCAAUCGUCUGGGGAGACACUCGGACCAACAAACUCGUCAAACGAUUUGCAAAGAAACCAGACGCCGAAAUCAUCCAAAGACUUUGUGGUCUCCCUCUUCACAAUUACUUCUCGGCACUAAAGAUACGAUGGCUGAUGGACAAUGUAGAAAAGGUCAAGACGGCAUUUGAUAAGGAAAAGGCCAUGUUUGGCACAGUCGACAGCUGGCUUGUGUGGAAUUUGACAGGAGGUGUACAGAGCGGUGUGCAUGUGACCGAUGUGACUAAUGCAAGUCGGACAAUGCUAAUGAAUAUCGAAACUAGACAGUGGGACCCUCAAUUACUAGAUUUCUUUGAUAUACCAGCAUCAAUCUUGCCAAGAAUUGUGUCUUCUUCAGAAGUCUAUGGAAAAGUAAAAUGGGGUCCACUCGAAGGACUACCAAUCAGUGGGUGUUUAGGAGACCAGCAGGCAGCCUUGGUCGGCCAGAAAUGCUUCUCUGUCGGAGAGGUCAAGAACACAUACGGUACUGGUGCAUUCUUACUUUUCAAUGUCGGUCAUAAACCUGUCUUUUCUACCCAUGGCCUUUUGUCCACAGUCGCAUAUCAGUUCGGCCCUGACAAGUCUCCGGUCUAUGCUCUUGAAGGGUCCGUGAGCGUAGCUGGUGGUGCUGUCAGAUGGUUAAAAGAUAAUAUGGGUAUAAUCGAAGAAUCUAGUGAUAUUAAUGUUCUAGCCUCCAAAGUUGAAGACACUGGAGGAGUACAGUUUAUCCCAGCAUUCUCAGGACUUUUUGCUCCUUAUUGGCGAGACGAUGCUCGUGGAGUGUUGGUGGGUCUGACACAGUACACCAACAAAUACCACUUGAGUCGCGCGGUACUAGAAGCUGCAUGCUUUUCGACUCGUGCUAUUCUUGACGCAAUGAAAAACGAUGGGAACCUGCCACUCAAAGUGCUCAAGGCAGAUGGAGGAAUGUCAAAUUCUGAUGUGUGUAUGCAAAUACAAGCAGAUGUGUUGGGUAUCACAGUAGAGAGACCUGCUAUGAAUGAAACUACGGCACUCGGAGCUGCAUAUGCUGCAGGAUUAGCAAUUGGUGUUUGGAAGGAUACAGAUGCUAUACAGAAACUGACCGUGGAUACAAAAGAUACCUUCCAGCCAAAAUGGAAGACAGAUGAACGGGAAAAACGUUAUGCGAUGUGGGAAGCAGCAAUUGAACGGAGCUAUGGGUGGACAGAUAUUUAUGAUUCUUCAGAUGAGAGUUAGGACAAGCUUGACUCGGUUAGUCUCUGUAUAUAAGCAUUAUAGCUGAAUAUUACCUAUGCUUCAUGUACGAAUCUCAAUAAUAUGUAUACAUAUAGCAUGAAAAUACUCCAGUAUAUAAUUGAUUUAAUAACUAUAUAAUAUGUACUGUUAUAUUACAACAAACAUUCUCCACCGAUUUACUACACAUGAAAGCACAGUCGCCUAUUUAUUCUCUCUCUCAAUAGUGGUUAUUUAUUAUAAAAAAAAACCGGGUAUACUUCUUUUUACAAAA